GUACUAACAUAUGCAGCGCCGUACUACAUGGACGGACAACAGGUUGACCAACCCAACGCUGUAGAGCCCCGUAUAGAGUAUUCUAAAGCGGGGGAGAAAAUCUCCACGGCUACCUUCCAUCCACUUGAGUUCAACAUUCCCGUCUGUCCCGAGGAGGAUUGCCUUUCAGGCAUAUUCUCCGGAUAAUUUGAUCAUCUCUGAAGCUGCACGGGUGAGGGAGAAUCAUGAGCGUGUCAGCUUCUGCACGCGGAACAGGGUACAGGAUACGGAACAUUUGGUCUUGGUUGAUAUUGAGAGCGGGAAUGUAUAGGUUGGGAGGGAGAGGGAAGGUACAGAUGGGUGAUUGAGAGUUAUCUUGCGAUCGCUUGCGAGUUUUCCCUUCGCGGGUCUCCAGUGUUGGCGGAGGGGCUGGUGAUUCUCUUGGUUAAUAUCUCGGGACUUGCUACUCCCUCCUAUGUGGAUAUCUGGAAUCAUUUGGGCUGGCAAUACAUUUACCCUUACCCAUUGUCUGGUGGUGAACCGGUUGGAUUGACAUCUGGCAACUGGGAAGUCACUGCGAUUUGCUCAAUCGACAUCACGCGCGGUCUAGCCAGUUACCAAUCUACCGAUCGUGAUUCCACUACACACCACAUCUCUACUGUGAGUCGAGAUGGCAUGGCCAAAAGUCCUCUCGUAGAUAUCCCCAAGGAAGGGCACCACAGUGCCAGAUUAUCCCCCGGAGGAGGGUACUAUAUACUGAGCUAUAAUGGACCAAACCUACCAUGGCAAGUACUUCGUAGCUUAGGCUCCGAUACGCCCGUCCGGGUGAUAAACGACAAGGCCUCCCUCAAGGGCAACCUCUCCGCAUAUUCUCCGCCCAAAAUCUCUCGGCCGAUGCUCAAGCACCCAGAUGGAUAUGAGCUCAACUUUUUGGAGCGCCUACCGCCAAAUUUUCGUAAGUGGAAAAAAAUAUGCUGUACUAUUUGAUAUAUAUGGUGGCCCAGGCUCGCAGCUCACCGAGGGAACCUUCCGCCGGACGGUUGACUGUAAUGCGUACUUAGGAUCGGAUCCCGAGUUGGAGUACAUCGCUGUCACCAUGGACAAUCGCGGAACGGGUAUAAGGGGCGGAUAUUCCGUACCGUGGUCUCCGGUCAGCUGGGAAAGUUGGAGGCGGAAGAUCAAGUCUAGGCCGCUAGGGAGUGCGGAAAACGAGACUAUGUUGAUGUAGAGAAGAUUUCUAUUUAGGGGUCGAGUUACGCCGGAUACCUCACUGGUAAAGUUCUCGAAUUGGAUUCCGGAGCAUUCUCUUUAGGCAUUGUAUAUCCUUUACCCAUUCCUCUACUCCACGCGCUCCCGACCUAGCCGCUAAAGCAGAAUAGGUGACUGCUCCACUAACAGACUGGCAUUUCUAUGAUAGCAUCUACACUGAACGCUACAUUAAAUCCCCAACCACCAACAGGGUGGGCUACAAUGCCUCUGCAAUAACCAAGACAUCGGGGUUCAAGAAUGUUGCGGGAGGUUUCCGCAUCCAUCACGAGACCGCUGACGGCAAUGUGCAUUUCCAGUACUCAGCUGUUCUUGUCGACACAGUGGUUUACGAGGGCGUGGGUCCUGAGAAGAUGCGAGUGCAAUGGUUCACUGACUCGGAUCAUAACAUUGUUUAUAAUCCGGCCGGGAGCGUUUUACAGAAGCAGUUGGCCAAAAUGCUUUAUGAUGGGAAGAGGACGCCCGAGGGCAAGCACCAGUGGAGUCGCAGGAAG